UUCCCAGAGGAAGAGAGCCAGCAGCAGGAGCAGCGGCGGCGGCAGGGGAGCACCAAGAGGAGGGUGUGGACGUCGUUUACCUGUCCACAGCAACCUGCCGCGGCCGCGUCUCGUCAAGCCUCGGCCGCCCGGGACGUGAGCCACGCUGGCUUCCCUCAGGAGUAAGACGGAGAAGGCUUUAAAGGAUGCUAAGAAGAUCCUGACUCGGGGCCCCAACAUGAGCGUGACGUCGUGGUUCCUGGUCAGCAGCUCCGGCACGCGCCACAGGUUACCGCGGGAGAUGAUCUUCGUGGGCCGGGACGACUGCGAGCUGAUGCUGCAGUCUCGCAGCGUGGACAAGCAGCACGCCGUGAUCAACUACGACCUGAACACGGACGAGCACAUGGUGAAGGACCUGGGCAGCCUGAACGGGACGUUUGUGAACGACCUGAGGAUCCCGGACCAGACGUACAUCACCCUGAAACUGUCCGAUGUCAUCCGCUUUGGUUAUGAUGCCCACGUGUAUAUCCUGGAGAGGAGUCAACACAAGGUCCCCGAGGAAGCUCUUAAACAUGAGAAGUACACCAGCCAGCUGCAGCUCGGCAUUAAAGCCCUGGAGGCCAAGGCCAAGGAGAAGCAAUCCCUCCAGAGCCCAGAGAAGAGCAGAGACGCUCUUCACAGCGUCAAACAGCAGGACCGGCCGGAGCGCAGAGCCCAGUCCCUCACAGCUUCCACGGAUUCUCCGAUAUCCAAGCCCACCCCGCUGUACGGCCAGCCGUCCUGGUGGGGGGACGACGACGACCCAGCCAACAAAAAACACAACCGAGGUGGGAAAUCGCCGGACCAGGAGUCUCCAGAGCUCGCUAAAGACUCGUCGAGAUAUGAGGUCAACGGUUCUCUGUCGGACAGUCAGGCCAAGUCCAUCUUCGCCUACCGCCGGGAGCCCAGCUACUUCGAGAUCCCGACGAAGGAGCGGCAGCAGCAGCGGCCUGUCAAGAAGCCUGAGACGCAGGUUCAUGAGGUUCCUACCAAAGACACCUCAGACCCCGCUCAGUGCCUCCCCGCCACUCCCACCCCCCCUGUGGUCCAGAGCCACGCCUCCUUCACUAUAGAGUUCGACGAAUGCACUCCAGGUAAAAUGAAAAUCAAGGACCACGUCACCAAGUUCUCUUUCCGCCAGCAGCGAAAGCAGCCGCCCGCGGAGGUGGUUAGCACACCCACUGAGGUGGUCUCAGCAGAAAGCAAGGUUGCUGAUUGGCUGGUCCAAAGCAAUGCUAGCAUGAUGAGGAGAAAGUCACAGGCUGAAGACUUAUACAGCACAAAUAGCGACCCGUCGCACCUGAGGAUCAAUACAGGAAACUACGAUGAAGAUGGCUGUUACAGCGAUUCGGGACACCCUCAAAUCAACGGAAAGGACUCUCUCAAAGCAGACACUCGCAUGACGUCCCAGGUUUCCCCACAAACUUUGAGAUCUUCUCCACCACAACGCUUUCCCUCUCCCGAGUUCCCGCAGGAACCUUUGAAUUCCUCACUGGAGUCUCAUUCCCAGCAGGACUUUGGCAAGUCUGAUCCCAAUCAAGCCUUUGUCAUUGAAUUUUUUGAUGACAACCCAAGAAAGAAGCGCUCUCAGUCCUUCACCAAUAAUGGAGCUCCACCUGAGCCGCCGGGCCUCAGGCAUCAACUGGAGAAAUCCAAGAAGAGCGCAAACCCAACCAGUGAGAGACAAGUCCCGCCUCAGCCCUCCUCCACUCCUGCAACGCAGCGAUACACGAUCCCCCUGAAGGGCCCCGCUUCCUCCGGCCCCCAGAGAGCCGGCUCUCUCCGAAGGGAGAAGACGGAAGACCGGAUCAGCACGGGCUUUUCGUCCCGCUCGUCGUCGUCUCCGUCAGCGAGGCCCUUCAGCAGCGUGGGCCGGAAAUCUAAACUCGCCCAGGAGUUCACGGCCGAAUUAUUCAAACAAGCGAAGAAUAAUCUGGCAGCGACCUGGGAGAAGAAUUCUUCGGGUUCUCAUAAAGCGGCGAAGACGGGAGCAGGAGCGGUAUGCCAGAGUGACCGCGGUUCCAGCAGCCCUCCUCAGUCAGACGCUCACCACCAGCCCCAGACCUCCUCCCCCGUCCGUAAACCCGUACCCCUCAAGGUGCCCGUCACGCCCCCGGCACCUCAAAGCCAGGAGGUCAGCAGCCCUCGAGACAGCCUGAAAAACGAAGAGGACGACACUCUGAGCGAAGCGGGAACGUACACCAUCGAAGCAGACGCGCAGGAUAAAGAGCUGGAAGAGGCCCGGGGCAAGAUCGACCAGGUGUUUGGUGUUGAGAGUCCCGGGCGGACGAACCUGAGAGAACCAGAAACACCGUCAGCAUUUAGUCCUGUUGUUCAGAGCAGGGAGCAGCGUAGGCAGACUGGCAGUGGGGAGGCUCCGUCCUCAGGUGCAGGUUUACAGGGGGCUCCUAAGUGGAUGUCUUGCUGGGCCAGCUUGGCAGACAGCUACACAGAAUCUGGCCCUUCGUCUGGCCUCUUUGACAUCCCUUCCCAGAUGGAACUGUCAGGAGGGGCGAGAGGCACCAUCAUCCACAAGGCCAUGCUCGGCCAAAACCUCGACAGCACGGACUCCGCUUCCAGAGCCCGGCGCAUCCUGCCGCAGGUGCCGUCGGCGGAGACGAGCGAAACCCCAACUCCCAGCAUUCAUGUUCAUUACGACCUGCAGUCAACCUUCGACUUGGAAGACAAGGGCCUGGAGGCGCCCGCGUCUCAAGACGGCGUCCACAGGUUGACCGUGCAGGACGACGUGGAGCCCGACAGCCUGAGCGACGCCAGCAGGUCCGAUGACGGCUCCAUCGUCGAGCAGAGGAAAACGCCACAGUCAGAUAGAGACGGGAAGCCGGGUGGAGACAUUGCGGGACACACAUCCAAGGCUACUUCCUUUUAUAUUGGCUCAGAUGAGUCUCCUUCCAAACCAGAACAAGGAGAGUCAAAAUCCAGUACUCCAAAGGCGGAGACGAAACACGCAACCAAGACUUUCUCCACAGCCACCCUCACCAAACGCAGAGGCAGUCCAGACACGGGAGCUAUUAAGUCCACCGUGUCGGCGCCUGCGCUGGGCCAGGGGACCCAGAGCCCCGAGCUGAAAGAGGGCGUGGUCUCCCAGCUAAUCAGACAGGAGAGCUUCACCAAGGAGCGUCCCAGCAACGCCAGACUGCCCAACAUCACCAGCCAGCCCGCCCUCAGAGACACAGAUCCUGGGCUGUUCCAGGGAGUCAGCAGUCAGGAUACUCAAUCUUACUUGAAGGAGACCGAGAAUGUUCUGGCCGUUCUAGAGGCCAAACUCCAAGCGGGACAGUCGGGGACGACGUCGUCUCCCGUAAUGGACUCUCUCUCUGGAGAUUCCGACGUGGACACCUCCAGCACAGUCAGCCAGCGUAGCAAUAAGACCAAGACCAAGCCCAACACUGCAAUGAACAAAACGUUCACCAGCGGCUUCCACAGAGAGAGAUCUUCGGCCAGUACGACGAGUCAGGACUCCAAUUAUCAGUCCGCAUUGUCGGAGAAGCCGUCUUCUCAGGGAGCCGUUAGCGGGAACAAGGCUGCGUCGGUCAAGAGGCCGGUCGGACUGAGACGUAGUGUGGGCAGAACCGGCUCUACGGACUUGAGCGAUGACCCUCAGAGCUUGCCGUACUCCGAUCAGGAGUCCAACAACCAUCGGAUAUAUAAGAAAUACACCGUUCCCCUUAAGAAGGAAGACGGCAAGAGCUCCAGGGUGUCUCAGGCCUUAGGCCGAGCCAACAGCCUGUCGGCCCCAAGACCCACCCGGGCGUCUCUGCUCCGCCGGGCUCGCCUGGGAGAGGCCUCUGACAACGAGGGCGCGGAGACCGAGAGGCUGUCCCAGGAGGCGGGCGGCGCCCAGACCAAGCAGCCCCAGGAGGCCAAGAAGCUGUCCCGGCUGGACCUGCUGGCGAUGCCUCGCAAGCGGACGAGCUCCUUCAACACGCCCAGCGACUCCGAGGCGGGCAGGCAGACGGGCUUUUCCAACCGCAGCACCGAGUUCGGCGGCAGCUCCGUCCGAAGGGCCUCCGCCCCGGGCUCCAAGCCUCCGGAGAGGCCUCAGAAGGCGGGGCUCGGCAAGACCCCGGUGACCCGCACGCGCUCCAGCAGCGCCAAAUACGCCAGCAGCACGGCGAGCUCCAGGAGGCGGCAGAAAGGCUCUGACUAUACGUCUACCUCCGACGAGGAGUACGACUCAAACCAGAGCACCCCUAAACACAAACGCUCCCAACCUUCCUCAGCUGCCCACAGCCCUCGCAACCAGCCGCGGCCUCAGCCGCUGGUCGCCCUGCGCCCCAAACCCCCCGCCAGGGACUCCGAGGAAGAGAACCGCGAGGGGGAGGCCUUUCAGAGCUGGUCCUCCCACAGCGCUGAGAUAGCCAGAUUGAGUCAAGAUUUGGCCAAAGACUUGGCCAUCUUAGCCAGAGAGAUCCAUGACGUAGCGGGCGAGGGAGAUCCGCAAAACCCCGAGGGAGAGUGCGGUGCGCCCGGCUCUUCAGUGACGGCUCACGAGCAGCUGGUUCAGCGCAUUCCAGAGGCCGGGUCGAACUACCAGAGAGUCCCACCGAGUUCUGCGCCUGCAAGAGAACGUGACCAGACCCCGAGCGACUCCAGGCCGCAGGAUCGGAGCGGAGAGGAGGUGGACAAUGUGCUGCUGAACCCUGUGUCCCAAAUCAUAGAGGUCAUCCGAGAAAACACGGAGCAGCUCGCCGACAAAAUCAAGGUACUGUUCCAGGACCGGAUGGAUAUCUGGGAGGAAAUUGAAGCCAAGGUUGAGUCCGACAACGAUGCGCCUCUUCUCAACACUUCAAGCAAGGAAAUCACGUCUAUAUUGAAAGAACUGAGGAGAGUCCAGAAACAGCUUGAGGUCAUUAACACCGUCAUUGAGCCCAGCGGGCAGCAGCGUGACGCCACCAGGGCCUCCCCCGUCGACUCCCCCUCCCCGUCGGGCGCCCGCUCCUCCAAACCGGCGUCCUCCAGAGACUGGAGGACCGUGCACUCGGUCUCGAAGCGCGGCGGCGGACCGCGGCCCAGCGAGAGCGUCAGGAGAGCGGCCGUGACCCCCGACGACCUCAGAGAGGGCUAUCUAGUGUGAGACGCCGCCCUCCCGCAGGCAGCAGGUGCCAGAAAGGCGUGAAGUCAGAGAAACCAAGAGGGAGGAAGUGAGACCGGAUUAACAGAAGUGCGUCGUCCUGCACAUCCAGACAAUGAACACUACUGCACUGUGAGCACUACACACCCACAGGCCAGCACGAAGCACAGUCACACCCGCACUACAGGCCCCCGCUGAGGAGGUGCAGGUCUGAUCUCACCUGCUGAAGGGCCUCUAAGCUAUACUUGAAUCUGUGCUACUAAUCGGCCUCACGAUUUGCCAAUGAUACGACCAAUACAGCUGAUUUCUUUUUUUGUCUUUUUAAAGCUCAUUGUAAUUUUUCCUAAUUCAUCUGAAAAACCAGCCUGAGCGUUGAUCUCAGGGAAAUCCGGAAAUCUUUCUAGUGACAAAUGGCAGGAGGAUAUUUGCAGGUGCAUCUCAAAAAAUGAGAAUUUCAUUGAAAAUUUGUGUCCUUGGUCAGUAGAAACUAAAAACAAUCCAGCACAUUUAAGAGCUUUCAAGUAUUCCUCCAUUCUGACCUGCUGGGUUUUCAUACCGGCUCCUAGAUGAUCUUCAGUUUUUUGACUUGCACAUGUAUUUGGUUUAUCUUGGUUUCAAGUAGAAAAAGCUACAUUUUGACUCGCAGGCUUGUCCUUGCAAACCCUGAUAACCCUCACUGCAUUUCCUCCUCGCCCUGUUUGUCUUUUGUGGAGCAGAUUCCUCCCAGAAUGUAAAAAGUAUUUAUUAGUGCUCCUUCGUGAGUCACUGCGGCGUUUUCUAAAUGGCACAAUGUGAUUUGGGGAGAGAGUUUGUGGCUUUUUCUGCUCCACAUGUUGAUGCUGUAUUCCACAGAUGCUACAAGCCACUUUCUGUGUGUGUGUGUGUGUGUGUGUUUGCUCUGGUUAACAUUUCCCUCCGAGGUUGAGGCUGUAAAACACAACAUGGGAGAUUUAAAGGCAUUCCUGACGCUCGGUGCUUUGAGAACUGUCUGCGGAUGCUUCACACAUGUUUGUUUGUUUGUUGUUUCCCAUUCCUGAGGAGAGAAUUCGGCUCCUGAGAUCUGGCCAAAGACGAUACAUGACAUGUUAUACCGUUGUCUGUUUGUUUUUCUAUAUGUGCUAAAAACGGAUCGCACCACAUCCCAACCCUCCAGAGCGUGUUUCUCUCUGAGAUCCUGUGAUGUGAUUUUUAGCCUCUACGUUGACAAAGUGACCACAUAGAACUGUAACUUUCGGUCGUUGAGAGAUCUACUCGUCCUACAGAUUACCUCUCAGUCUUGCUUUUUGCACUAAGGUAGUUCAACAUUGUCCCUGCGAGCCGGGACGCGCCGGCUCGCCCGCGCUCGAUGCUGUUAGAGGCUGGAGGAGGGAGCUCCCGCUCCAGCAGGAUGUUUUUCUGCUCCUCUCUGGCCAGGCUGUACAUGUGAUUGUAACUGGGAAGUACCUCCAAGUGCCCCGAGGCUGCGUGAGACGACGUGUCCCGCAGCAGAGUACACUAGUUGUUUACAAACUCAGCACAAAUUGAUUGUCUUGAUUCUUCUUCUUUUUUUUUCUUCUCCUGAAUGUAUUGCUGCUAUUAGUCCUGGAUGAGAUCUUUGCUUUAUUCCUCGUUACAGGAGUUUCAGUCAGAGAGCUGAAAUCUGAGUCUGUGUCAAACGUGUGUCCCUUUUUUGUCCAUGUUCAGUUUCUGUUUCUUCAGAAAUGCAAGUCAUUUGUUGAUCUGUUUGUGUGUGUUUGUGUGUGUGAGCUGUUAGGCAGUGAUUGUUGUUUUUGUUUUUUGAGAAAUAAAUUUCAUCAUUAUAUAUGUG